AUGUUCGAUGUUCACCGUUUGUUGUUGGUCAUUCGCCAUUCGUUGUUCGCCAUUCGCCAUUCUUUUUCCGCUGUUCGUUGUUCGUUGUUCGCUGUUCGAUGUUCAACGUUUGUUGUUCGUCAUUCGCCAUUCGUUGUUCGCCGUUCUCCGUUUGAUGUUCGCUAUUCGACGUUCGUUGUCCGCUGGUCGCUGUUCGACGUUCACCAUUUGUUGUUCGCCAUUCGCCGUUCGUUGUUCGCUGUUCGUUGUUCGCUAUUCGCUGUUCGAUUUGUUCGCUGUUCUCUAUUUACUGUUCAGCAUUCGACGUUCGUUGUCCGCUGUUUGUUGUUCGCUGUUCGUUGUUCGCCGUUCGCUGUUCGACGUUCACCGAUUGUUUUUCGUCAUUCGCCAUUCCUUUUUCGCCAUUCUCCGUUUGUUGUUCGCCAUUCGCCGUUCUUUGUCCGCUGUUCGUUGUUCGAUUUGUUCGCCGUUCUCUAUUUGUUAUUCGCCAUUCACCGUUCGUUGUUCGCUGUCUGCUGUCCGAUGUUCACCGUUUGUUGUUCGUCAUUCGCCAGUCAUUCUUCGCCGUUCUCUGUUUGUUGUUCGUUGUUCGCUGGUCGCUGCUCGACGUUCAGCGUUGUUGUUCGUAGUUCGCCAUUCGCUGUCCGCUGGUCGCUGUUCGAUGUUCACCGUUUGUUGUUGGUCAUUUGCCAUUCGUUGUUCGCCAUUCGCCAUUCUUUGUCCGCUGUUCGUUGUUCGUUGUUCGCUGUUCGAUGUUCAACGUUUGUUGUUCGUCAUUCGCCAUUCGUUGUUCGCCGUUCUCCGUUUGAUGUUCGCUAUUCGACGUUCGUUGUCCGCUGGUCGCUGUUCGGCGUUCACCAUUUGUUGUUCGCCAUUCGCCGUUCGUUGUUCGUUGUUCGCUAUUCGCUGUUCGAUGUUCGACGUUUACAGUUUGUUGUUCGUCAUUUAGAAUAA